UGGCGUGGAAAGCCAAGUGGAUGAAGGAAGUGGAGAUCUCCACCCUCCAGCCUCCCCCCUUGACACUUGUGCGAAAUAUUAGCAGGCUUGAUAUAUUCGGGCCAAGUCGCAGCACAAAGUCACACCUACCGCCAAAGACUCAACACUCACCAAUCCUCAGUUCGGUGCCGGCCGGUCCAACUGCCCCCUCAAAACAACAACAACAACAAAAGCAUUUCGUGUUUUUUUUUUUUUUUUUUUUGCCUGUAGACGGCCUCCAAACUUGACGCCUGUUGCGCACCGACCGCAGCCGCCGACAGGUCACCUUCGCCGGGCUGCAAAUCGGUCCGGUUCGCCGGUCGACCGGACUCGGAAUCGGGACCAUGCGCUGCCGUGCGUGCUGAGCGCGGAUUCAUUGUGGAAGUUUGGCGGGGUCGACUGAAAGAAACAAGAGCAAGAUCAAGUCAAGUAUUUAUAUUACAUAUAUAUAUAUUUUGAAGGGACGUUUUCCAGUCUGAACUUUUCAUCAUUUGAGCAUCUACGAUGAGUAAACCUGCCGGCUCAACAAGUGGCUGUUUGGAUAUUCUCAGUGUCAAGUCAAGUCGCAUUUUAGACAUUCCGUGCAAAGUGUGCGGGGACCGCAGCUCCGGCAAGCACUACGGGGUCUACGCCUGCGACGGCUGUUCGGGCUUCUUUAAGAGGAGCAUUCGCCGAAACAGAACCUACGUGUGCAAGUCUGGCUCUCAGGGUGGGUGUCCUGUGGACAAAACUCACAGGAACCAAUGCAGAGCUUGCCGCUUGAAAAAGUGCCUGGAAGUCAACAUGAAUAAAGACGCUGUCCAACACGAGCGGGGACCCCGGACGUCCACCAUCCGAAAACAAGUGGCCUUAUACUUCCGAGGUCACAAAGAGGUCAACGGGUCGACGGCGCAUUUCCCGGGCUCCUCUCUACCAGGCCCCCCCUUCUUCACCACCGUCACACAACUGGAGCCGCAUACUUUAGAUAUGAGUACGGUGGCCAGCACACCAGAGAGGCAGGCCAUCGUGGGCCUGGCACAGCCCACCCCAAAGUACCCCCAUGAAGUCAGCGCCACCCCCAUGUACCUAUAUGAGGUGGCCACCGAGUCCGUAUGCGAGUCAGCAGCCCGCCUGCUCUUCAUGAGCAUCAAGUGGGCCAAAAGCGUGCCCGCCUUCUCCACGCUCCCCUUAUCUGACCAGUUGAUUCUGUUGGAGGACGCAUGGAGGGAAUUGUUUGUCUUGGGAAUCGCGCAGUGGGCUAUCCCCGUGGACUCAACGACUCUACUUGCCGUUUCUGGGAUGAACAGCGAAAAUACGGAAUCCCAGCGGAUGAACAAGAUCAUGUCCGAGAUCCAAGCACUUCAAGAGGUGGUCACUAGGUUUCGGCAGAUGCGGCUGGACGCUACGGAGUUCGCGUGCUUGAAAUGUAUCGUGACGUUCAAAGCCGUUCCGACGCAGGGGGGCGCAGAGUUGAGAAAUUUCCGCAACGCCAGUGCCAUUGCCGCACUACAAGAUGAGGCACAGCUCACACUCAACAGCUACAUUCACACUAGAUACCCAACUCAACCAUGCCGUUUCGGCAAGCUGCUUCUGCUCCUGCCGUCCCUGCGAUCUGUCGGCCCGUCCACCAUCGAGGAGGUGUUCUUCAAAAAGACCAUCGGCAACGUGCCCAUCACCAGGCUCCUCUCUGACAUGUACAAAUCCAGUGACAUAUGACCUCGCCGGUCAACUCGCCUGCUUGGAGAAAAAGAAAAGACUUGAACAUGGAGGGGGAAGGGAGAGGAGGGAGGGAACCGAUCAAGACUCAGCCAGCAGGGCGUAGUUAGCCGGAGCACAUUUGUAUGAAAGAACACACGUUAAGAAAACAAGUCAAUCAACUUGGCUGUUAACAGGGGCUCUAGUUAAAGGAUUAGUGUAACCGCCAUAAUAGAGUGACCCAUAAAGACGCACCGGAGUGGACAAAAGAAGCCAAGUGACUUGACAAAGACGACGUGUGAGAAAAUAUCUGCAAGUGUGCUUGUGAGACCAAUGAGCUUGAUGACCAAUUUAAUAUUUUAUUGCUGUGUUCAAUCCUAUUGGAGGAAAAAAAAAGUGCACUCACCUCCCCCUUCACAUCCAGCAUCAACAUCAAACAAACCCAACAAUGAAGAGGAA